AUGCCUGAGAAAAUACCCAACUCAUUUCUAAACAAUACGCCAAAUUCUUCUCCUUUAAAAUCAAAAGAUAGAAAAAGAUUCAGGCGGCGAUCGGUCUAUAUUGGAUCUUCAUCUUCGAGCUCUUCGAUACUAAGUUCACCAUCAAAGAGAAAUAACAAGAAUAUUUAUAAUAAUCCACAUAGUGCACACAGCACUAACAAUAAUAUCUCAAUUAAUCACUCAAGUAGUACAAUCGGCUUGCAUCAUAGUAAUAGUGGUAAUAAUAGUAAUAACGGUAGUUCAAGUAAUUUGAACUUAAAUCUAACAAAGGCAAAAAGUAAAAAUACUGUACAAUAUAAUGAUCGGUUUUUACCUAAUAGAACAGACUUAGAUUACAAUUCAAUGGGCUCACUAUCUAAUUCUAUAAAAAUUUCCUUAAACAGUAAGCCUUCGAGCACAGAGGAUCAGAUAGAAGUUCAAAAAGAACGGCAAAUUGAUGAAACCUUUGAUGCUUUAUUAAAGAAUGAAAUUUUUGGUGAAAAAUUAUUAAAAGAUUCUUUGAACAAUGAAUCUACCAUCGAUAGAAUUAAAAGUACAAGAAACUCAACCAAUUUCUCAAAUACACGACGGAGAUUGUUUGAUAAUUCAAAUAAUUCACCUACUAAUAGCAAUGGUCCAAAUAUUUUUUUGUCAGGAUUACCAUCAAAUUCAAACUAUACAUCUUCUGGAAAUAGUAACGCUUCUGCUGAUAAUAUCAGUAUUACUAAUAAUAACAGUAGUAAUAUUAAUAAUAAUAAUUCUGGUCAUAAUGUUAAUAAUCUUUAUGGUCGCAAUCCAACUACCUCAAAUACUACUAGCCCCACACGAUUAUCACAUUCAAAUACGUAUUCAUCAUCUAUACAUAACGAUGAUUCACUCGAUUCUAUUGAUUAUUCCAGUGAUGAGCUAGUAUCUACCCCUCCAGAUUCUCAACAGUUUGGAAAUUUCUAUCCUACCUCAAUCCCUUCAACUCCAAAUAGAGGUAAUUCAUUAAUAAAAAAUAAUAAUUUAAAUGGUAAUAACAAUAAUAUGAAUGAUAGUAUUUUAUCUAGUAAUGUUUAUACAACGAGAGGCGCUACUGUUUUGACAUAUAGAAACCAAUCUCCAAGACGUUUAUCAACAGCAUCAUUACUUCAUUCUCAAUUUUUUGAUUCAGUAUCGCCAGUCAGGCCAGAUUCAAAAAAAUUAUUAUUAUCCCCAACUAAAAAAUUUAGAGAAAUUGCAAAAGUUCCGUUCCGUGUACUAGAUGCACCUUCUCUGGCAGAUGAUUUUUACUAUGAUUUAAUAGAUUGGUCGUCAACUGAUAUGUUAGCAGUUGCCUUGGGUCAAUCUAUUUUCUUAACCGAUAAUAAUACAAGUGAAAUUAUUCAUUUAUGUGAUACAAAAAAUGAAUUUACGAGUUUAAGCUGGAUAAAUACAGGUUCACAUAUUGCAAUUGGCCAAAGUAAUGGCAUAAUAGAAAUUUAUGAUGUUACAAAGAGAAAGUGUAUCAGAACUUUAUCUGGUCAUACUGAUCGCACUGCAUGUUUAUCAUGGAAUUCACAUAUAUUGACAUCUGGUAGCAGAGAUCGUACAAUACUGCAUAGAGAUGUUAGAAUGAAGGACCCAUUUUUUGAACGAAUAAAAUCCCACACUCAGGAAGUUUGUGGUUUAAAAUGGAAUGAGUCGGAUAAUAAAUUAGUCUCUGGUGGUAAUGAUAACACAGUUAAUAUUUAUGAUGGGUGUAUGCCAACACCGCUUUUAACGUUGGAUGAACAUACUGCUGCAGUAAAAGCUUUGGCAUGGUCUCCGCAUAAAAGAGGAAUAUUGGCAACAGGUGGGGGUACUGCUGAUAGAAAAUUAAAAAUUUGGAAUAUUAAUAGUUCAGUGAAAGUAAAUGAAGUUGACACGGGUUCUCAAGUUUGUAAUAUGAUAUGGUCAAAAAAUUCUGAUGAACUUGUAACUUCUCAUGGUUAUUCUAAAUAUAAUUUAACAUUGUGGAAUUAUCCAACAUUAGAUCCUAUUGCAAUUUUGAAAGGGCAUAGUUUUAGAGUUCUUCAUUUAACAUUAUCAUCAGAUGGUACAACGGUAGUUUCUGGUGCAGGUGAUGAAACUUUGAGAUAUUGGAAAAUAUUUGAUAAAGUAAAAGCUAAACCAAAAAGAUCAUCAAUACUUUUCGAUUCAUUUAAUCAAAUUAGAUAA